AGUUAUCCGUUUCGUUGGCUCUCUCUCUUCCAAAAUUUUCUCUUCAUCGCUUGCUCUAGGGCUCUCUCUCUCUCUCUCUCGCCUUCCUUCGUUGUUAAAAAGAGAAACGAUGCACGACGCCAUGGCCAACGAUUCCUCCGUCUCGGCCAGCGCCCGUGAUUUCGCCAAGAAGCGCAGGGUCAACCGAUCGGCGAAGCUGAAGCAGUGCAAACUCGAUGCCAGGCGCGAGCAAUGGCUCUCUCAAGUGAAGGGCAAAAGCUGUAAGGUCACGCCCAUGGCCUCGCCUCCGACCUCAUCAUCUCCCCCGGUGCCGAUGCCUCGGCCGCAGUCAUGCCUCCAUGAUAGUGAUAUGGUGUUUGCCAAUCAUAGCCCCACAUCGAACUCACCGGGGAAACCUCCGAAAGUGGGUUGCUGCCCCAACAAUAGCGUCAGCAGUGGGGGCAGCACCAGGUCAUGCUCCCUGAGUGCCAGUGAUGGCGAAGAGGAAGGUGCGAGGGGGGAAGAAAAUUCAGCAAUUGAUGAUUGGGAAACGAUUGCGGAUGCGUUGUCUGCAUACAAAUCUCGGGUGCCCCCUGCCCCUGUGAAUGAUUCUGGUGCCCAGAGAACCAUGAACCCUGAACCAACUAGGACAAUCCCCAGAGCUUGGAGGCCAGAUGAUGAGCUUCGUCCUCAAAGCCUGCCCAAUCUAUACAAGCAGCAGAGUUUCCCCGCUAACAUGGAAAGACAUUUUGGAGCCAAAGGUUGGAGCCAUCCUGUCAUUCUGUCAGCCCCAUCAUCAUGUCCUAUUUGCUAUGAGGACCUGGAUCCAACAGACUCCAGCUUUCUACCCUGUUCUUGUGGUUUUCGGCUGUGCCUGUUCUGUCACAAGAGAAUUCUCGAGGCUGAUGGCCGGUGCCCAGGGUGCAGGAAGCAGUACAGUCCUGUGGAGGGUGAGAUGCUGGGUAUGAGUGGAGUUAAGCCAUUGCUACCAUUCCAACUGUCACGCUCUUAUAGUAUGGGCUCGAGAUCUUAGAAUUGGGAGUGGUUGUUUUUUGUAUGUUGAUGUAGGGGACUUUCAUGGGUCUUUUGUUCACUGUGCAAGUUCUGAUUUUCUUCUGAAGAAAGCAUGGAUAUAGGCAUAAAACUUUAAAGCAGUUACCAGGGACUCGAAUAUGUUUUGGAGUCUACUUAUGCAUAGUAUGUUGAUGUUUCGAUAUGAACAGAUAUAAGGAAACAGGUGCAUUUAGUAUCUAGUAUAUAUGUAUUUUUUAGAUUGCGCUCUUUUAAGUUUUCUUUAUUCAUGAUUUCAGGUUAGUGAAGGAUCUCUCCUGCUAUGGUAUAAUUUUGUGAUUAAUUUUACUAUUUUUUGGUUUUUUUUUAAUCCGCUCUCUACAAACUGAUCUCUGACUCAUUAAUGCUGUUAUCAUGUAUUUUAUGUAGCAGUGGAUGCCCAUUGCAUUUGUGAGUUGCCUCAGUUAUGAACUUGUGGUACUUGUCACCUAUUGCCCUGUUUCAUAUACAAAUUUGCUGCCAUGCUUUAUUUUCACUGUUAUAAAUAUUUCUUUCAGCUUUGAUGUGUUUGGUUUAUCUUUUGGGUUGGUGUCUUUAAGGCAGCUUUGUGCACCAUUAUCUGAUUAGUAUGGGAUCUGAAGAGUAAAUUUGCUUAUUUGAUUAUAUUUUCUCACCUGAAAAAGACACCUAGAUUGGCGACUAAUUGUUCUUAAUGGUACAUCAAGUCCUGCUCCUUGUCAAGGUACUGCCUUAUUAUUGUUUCAGUGACUAGCAUAUUUGAUAUGGUGCUAAAUUGCAUGUUAACAAAAAUUGUCUUGCAAAUCAUUUGAUAAGAUUUUGGUUAGUAUCAGCUAGUAAACAUCUUACAAUUGUUGAAUUGAUUUGAAUCUGACAUCAAGUCAUCUGGAAUAGCUUCUCUGACUUCUUACCAGUGACAAAGCAUUGUGGUAGUGGUGUGCAUUUGUUCAAUGGCAGUGCAGAAGUAGUAUUUUUAAAGAACCAUUUCUUUUAAUAAAAUUAGUAAAGCUGACUGCUAAAAAAUGAGCACAUGUGUGUGUGCUUUGUCCCAUAAUCCUAUUAUAAGUUAGAAUUUAUUCUUCCUCAAAAAUUGAUUUAUCUAUCAAUUUGUUUCUUAAAAAUUUUUCUUACAGCAUCAUUUUGUUAUACAUUGUAGUCUGAAUUGGAAUUCUACUGCUUCUGAAAAGAGUCUUCCUUUUGGCUAUAUUUAAUAACAUCUAGAAAUUUUAAGGUUAAAGCACCAAAUUGUCUUAUAUGCUAGAAUCUCGCAGGCAUUCUACCUUCUGGUUAUACAACUAAUCCACUUGCAAAAUUUUCUCUUACUUCGAAGGUUGCUUUUGUUGUUUGAAGGAAGGUGAUGGAAAUUGAUCAGUUGCCUGUGAAUAAUUUUCACAUCAUUUUUUUAGGCAACUAGACUUUUUAAAGGUUAGGUGUUCAUGCUUUCAUUGCCUUCAUAAUAAAUUAGUAGGGAAUCACCAUUGGUCAGCUUGUUAUCUUGUUUAGGAACUAAAUAAAUUUGGUUUAGUUUUGUUCAGGUAAUGUUUUUAUUCUAUAUUAUUUUUUGGGUAAAAGCCCAUGCAUGUCUGUUUAGGACUGGAAGAAAAGUUUAGAAAGAGAAUUACACUUGUCUCUUUGGUUUCUCUCUCAAAUUUUCACGCUUGCGAUCAGAGAAAUUGGCGCUCUAGUUUUUUUUUUCUAUUGCUCUCAAAAUGUGUGUUUGCGCGGGUGUGUGCACCAUAUUGUCUGUCCUGUUUCUCUCAAAUUAUAUCAGACUAGCUGUUUGAGAAAUUGUGUCAUUUUCUGUAGAAUAAAUGCCUUGUCCAAAAAGGUAUUCUUAAUUGUAUUCUUAAUGCUACUUGACUGUCCUGUUGCUGUCUGAUUAUAUCAGAUCAGUUGAUAGAGAAAUCACCAUAAUUUGUAUGGAAUAAAUGCCUUGUCUAAAUGGUAUUCACAUUCUAUGUUUUAUUGUAUUUAACUUCUAUUAUCUUCUCUGAAAAGAAAUCUUGGUGGCUGACAGCUUUCUUUAUCACUGGCAUAGAUAUUUUGAGUUUCCGAAAAGGACUUCCCUUUUGAUUCAUCUUCGUUAUCUUUUGUGGUUUUGAAAUCAGAUUUGGCUAAUUUCUGUUUAAAUUUUCAGUAGUUGUCAAUGUCUUAUAGGGAAGAUAGCCAUAGAGCACACUCUGUGGCUUUGUUAAAAGAAACCUACUGGUCUUAAAGUUCAGAACUUAUGGGACAGUUUUGGAAGAAUAUGGUAUGACAGUAUUGGCACAUUUGGAAUCAUCUUCAUAGAAGAUUAAGAUUUUGGAGACUAUCACCUGCAAGUAAGCUAUUCAACAAGGGUACAUACAGUGAAAUUUUCUCAUCGAAUUAAUUUUGCCUUAACCUUUUUGGGGGAUUAGGCCGAAGAAGUUAUGUCUUUUGGGGGAGAUGAUUAUCAAUCAUAUAUCUUGUGCAAGUGUAACUGUGUACAUACUGUGCAAACUCUUCUGGACAUGAAAUUAACAUCAUGAAGAGCCAUGUUUAGAGAACUACUGUUAGAAAGCUGUCAUAUUAACUAAACCAUUUAGAAACUAGUGCUAUGGGUUAAACUUAGGUAUGGUUUUAUUUCAAUGCAGAUUGCUGUUUGACCUUCAAAAGUAAUUUCUGUAGCAUAUUGAGUUGGAAAAUUUUAAACUGACCUAUUUCUUCUGUU